CGAAACGUUCGGCGCCAGCUCAGUCGCUCGUGUGGUGGUUUGCCGUGCUGUCGCUUGCCGCGGGAACUGGGUUGCGUUGCUCGUGCGUUCGCAGCUGCUCGAGGUGUUCCAAUGACGACCGGCAGCGGCGCAGCGCGGCUUUCACCGGGCCCGACCCGCGGCUGGGUGUGACGUCAUAGAGGAAGCACGUGACUCCUAGAGUGCGGUGGCCAUCUUGAGGUUCUGAGCCAGGGGUCCAGGAUACUGGUGGUGUUCAAUUCCUUUUUUUCUUCGAUUCUGUUUUUUCCUUCUGCGUGGUUUUAUGUGCGCGUGUGUGAGUGCGUGAUAGUCCGUUUCUUCUGGUUUCGUGAGAGGCGACAAUGAAACUGACAAUGGAGAGUGAUAAACUUCGGCGUCUGUGGCAGUGUCUUGUGUGCCCUGUGGGAUACCUGCUCUUGUUGACUGGACUUCCUUUGAACAUUUCGGCGGUGUCCUGUCCACCCCCGGCCGUGCCUUUAUACGCAACAGUGAGUUUCACAAACGGUGAGCUCUCGCCUGGCACAGUUGCCACCUACACGUGUGAUCCCGGAUACGAACUGUUCGGCUCAGCUACAAGGUCGUGUUCAGACCAAGGUCGAUGGGUCGGCGGCCUUCCAUACUGCGCGGUGAACGUGGCGUACGGCAAGCCCACGAACCAGUCGAGCACCGUGAGGGGCGGCGACUCGAAGAACGCCAACGACGGAGACCUGACGACGCUGCACGAAAACCGCUUCUGCACCGAGACCAAACUGGAGAACGCGCCCUGGUGGCAGGUGGACCUGCUCAGGCCAUACCAGGUCCGCGUGGUGCGAGUCCUCACAAGGGGAUGUUGCGGACACCAGCCACUGCAUGACUUGGAGAUUCGAGUAAGCAACCAGUCGAGCUUGCAAGGGAGCCGCUUGUGCGCGUGGUACCCGGGUACACUGGAGGAUGGAUCAACCAAGGACUUCGAGUGCGCCUACCCAAUCCUUGGCCGCUACGUGUACAUUCACAUGGUCGGCGGCGAAGGAUCGCUCUCCCUCUGUGAAGUCAUGGUUUUCACGACGCAAGAGUUCUCCCCCGAUCGAUGCGGAAACCAGGUGGAGCCCCUGGAGCUGACCACCUUCAUCCGAAAAUGUUACGAGUUUCAGGGGAGUCGCGGCGGUUCCUUCCAGGACGCUUCUUCUUACUGCCAGGCACGCGGUGGCCUAUUGGUCCACAGCGUGGACGACCUGACGCUUCCUUUCAUCUCGGCUGAACUGGAGCGACGUCGGGAAAAAUUGAAAUCCAAGCUGGUCUGGAUGGGCGCACAGCGACGCACAGGCAUUGGGCCCGGAAAAAGAGGCUGGUUCUGGGUCAGCGGCGAACCGGUACGAGAAUUCCUGUGGGCCGAUGACCAGCCCAACAACUACAACGGUCAGCAGAACUGCGUUGUCAUCGAUGGUGGCCGCAAGUGGCGAUGGAAUGAUGUGACCUGCGAUCUGGACUACCUGCCUUGGAUCUGCCAGUACAACCCAUCGAACUGCGGAAGCCCCGACCGGGAAGAAAACUCCACCACCACGGGACGGGACUACCGUGUGGGACAGGAAGUGGUCUACGAGUGUCCCACAGGGAGCCUGCUAGUCGGAACUGCGUCCCGGAAGUGCGCCACGUCCGGCUUUUGGACUGGCGCUGCUCCGUCGUGCAAGUACCUGGACUGCGGUGCUCCGGAUCCCGUGGACAACGGCCGCAUCGUGCUGCUGCAUGGCCGGACGACGUACAACGCCACCGUGGAGUACGUCUGUGACACGAACUACACCUUGGUGGGCCAGCCGCGGAGAAUCUGUGGACCCGAGGGCAGGUGGAACGGGACGAAGCCGUCCUGCCUACAGAGCUACUGCACUAUGCUGUCUCCGGUGCCGAGCUCUAGCCUGGACGUGCAGGGGCGCCGGUACGGCGACAGGGCGCACUACAAGUGCGACAUCGGCCACAAACUCAUCGGCAACGACACCCGUUACUGCCAGCUCGGAGGAACGUGGAGCGGAGAUGAUCCCACCUGCAAAUAUAUCGACUGUGGCGAGCCUCGGCCUCUGGAAGAUGGUGACGUGUACCUAGUCAACGGCACCUCGACUUACCUGAGCGUGUCCCGUUACUCCUGCGGGGACAACUUCACUUUGAAUGGUGUUGACACGAGGACGUGCCUAGAGACAGGUCUCUGGAGUGACGUGGAGCCUUCCUGCGAAAUGAUAUCGUGCGGGGAGCCAGAGAUUCCACUCGGGGGUUACGUGAUCGAAGAGGAUUUCCAGGUCCACGACACGGUGCACUAUAAGUGUCACCCGGGCCACAUCAUGGACGGUCCGGACUCCAGAACGUGUCUUCGCAAUGGACAGUGGUCCGACAUCCCGCCAACCUGCACUUUUGUGGACUGCGGCCGCGUACCACCGAUCCUUAAAGGAGAAGUCUCCUACGAAAACGGCUCGACCUACCUGGGUUCCCAGAUCGCCCACUCCUGCAGCCAGGGAUACCGGCUGAACGGAGUGCGCGUGCGCACUUGCGGACUCGACGGCCGCUGGAACGGCACGCCACCCAAGUGCGAAGAGAUUCGCUGCCCACCCCCGGAGAUACCGAAGAACGCCACUGUUGUCUACGGCGGCAACGAUCGCUCAUCGUCGGAGUCGUUCAAGAUUGGUUCGACGGUGCAGUACCGCUGCGUCACAGGACACAUAGUGCAGGGUGAAUCACUGAGGACAUGCCAAGCCACUGGUCGCUGGACGGCCGAGGUCCCGCAAUGUGUCUACGUGGAGUGCACUUUCCCCCUGCCGAUCGGGAAUGGUCAUUGGCUGCUGUCCACCAACUCGACUCACUACGGCGCGACGGUGGAAUACGAGUGCGACAAGAACUACCACCUGGAUGGAGCGCCCAGACGCUUGUGCCUCGAGAACGGCACCUGGAGCGGACCCGAACCACUAUGCCUCGAGGUCCGCUGUCCGGAGCCGAAGGCGAGUGACAGCUGGACGGUGAUUAAAUUCUCCAGCAGCCUGGUCGGCUCGUCGGUCGAGUAUUCCUGUGAGUCGGGCUACGAACUGGAGGGUCUCAGCACCAGAGUCUGCCAGAGCAGCGGUCGCUGGAGCGGGCAAGCCCCAAACUGCACUCUGGUGGACUGCGGCAACCCGUCGGUGAUCAGCAACGGUCGCGGACUGAUCAUGAACGGGACCACGACGUUCGGAAGCAUGGUCGAGUACGAGUGCCUGCACGACUUCAAGCUGAUCGGCGACGCCAUCAGGACUUGCGGGGAAGACGGUCACUGGAGCGGACAAGAACCACGAUGCACUGAUAUUCCGAUGAUUGGCAAUGACAUAGAAGGUGCCGACAGCAAUCGUGCGGACUUCACCUACGAUUCCUCGAGGACAGUGGGAAUCGCUAUUGCUGUUGGUGCCGGAGCUUUGCUUGUGAUCGCAAUUGUAGUGGCCAUCGUUUGGAUGCGAACUAUCGCCCCCUACAGGAAGGCCCAGCGGGUGAAGAACACGGAGAACGUUGACGUGAACCGUGGCCUGGAGAAGGACAAUGCCACGGUGAUGUCCUUCUCCCGAUUAGCGCUCGAGGCUGCUGACGCCAACAGCAGCGCCCCUUACAGCAACGGCAUCCGGCACAAUCCGAACGGCCUGGUCACCUUCGCCGCUGGACCACAGCCAAUCUACGCCAACGUCACGGUCAACGGACAGAACUUGACCUCGCCCACCACUGCCACCAGCGUGGCCAGGAUCAACCUUGGCGUCCCGCCUUCGCCACCACACGCGCCCCCCAGACAAAACAACAACAAUAACAACGUCAGCCAUCACGCCCACCAUGCGUACGGCAGCAACAGGGGACCGGCAGCGGGCAUGAACGCGAACGGUCACCACAUGUCCUCGACGCUACAGAGUCACGAUGUGUGACCUCUCCACCAGAGCUCUCGCCAUUGUUUGGAUGUGAACGCCAAGUUUUGCGCCGUUGUAUCUUGAUCACACAGUGUAACGACUUCGGUGCCUUGUGAGCCUGCGUUUGAUGUUUUUGAAGGUAAAGAAGCGACAGCUCAUGACAUUGGCGUUUCUUGCUGGUGAAGAACUUGAGACUGCCGGUAAUCUCGCAGUGUCGACCGACCUUAAUAGUGGUCGUUCAUCCAGUGCAUAUAUCACACCGUUGUGAGAUGUGCAUAUCCGGUGGUUCGUGUGAGCUCCAUGUAGCACUCGUCUGCGGAUCCCUGACGUCGCCUUCAAGGAAGAACGGAAGCAGCUUUAAGUGGUCGUCGCAAGUGUUGUCGCGUAGUUGGGAUGUGCGAGGAGCGCUCAUUAUCGUCAGCGGGCUAUAAACAUCCACUAUAGUGCCUUACUGAAGAAGUACUACAGCGGGUUCAGAAUGGAACGUGCGUGGUUACAAAUAUAUGUGCGAAGAUCUUUGUGUGGUGUUGGUGUAGAUGUUACGCAAGCCGUGCGAACGUCUGUUCUGCCAGUGAGUACGUCAAGCGCACUGUGUGACACUUUUCAGACAAAUGGACGUCGUCGGAAGCAAUUGUGUAUGAGUGUUAUAUUUUUACUUGUGAUUGCUGUGACGCGGAAUGAUCACCCUCUGAAGCGUCUAAGCACUUUUGAAUAGGAGAAGCGUUGUGAAUGAACACAGAAGCUGCUCUCCGCGACAGUGGCGCCGUGAUUUGGUUGAGUGGUGUUCGGGAACGUACUGCAUGUCCCACGAUGCAAAAGCAGGUGUCAAAUGAAGAGAACCGCUGUUUGACAACUAUACACUCAAUGAAGAUUUCCAGUGCCGAAGUCGGCAUUUGCUUUUGUGGCAUGCAGACGGUGACCAUUUCGACAGGUGUCAGUGUUUAGAUUGAGUAAUGCUUGCAGGUGAUCUGUAUUGAGUAGGCAGUAGAGGGACGUCUUAUUUGUAUGUAAUAGAAUGUGUCAUUAACGCAAGAAAAAAGUUGGCAACUGUGCUCAACAAGCAGUAUGCGUUCAGGUAGUGGAACAAAUAAUUUUCGUUCGCACUGCAUGAAAAUCAAGUAGAACCAAAUGCCCACAACUGCACCAUUGUCAGUAUGACAGCAAAACCUAUUCAUUUUACACGCGGCUUGUAACGUUGCUUAUGUUGCUUAAGAUGCACAUAAUAGCUGUUUUGCUUGAACGACACAACGGUUCACAUUUGCACAACAAAAUAUAGAAACCUAGACAAGUAGCUGUCACAAUGUUUCGAACAGCGUGGCAUGAUACAAUGUGCAGUGAAAUUUCAGUUUUCUUGGAACAGUCACUUUUGCAUACCAAUACAAUGUCUUAGAACCGAAAUGAAUGAAGCAAAAAACACCUAGUUAUACCACUAAGCUGGUAAAAUACAGUUACCGUCAGCCUUCCUAAAUAACUUACUGCAAAGAAAUGAAAGAAGGGGAACGGUUAGAGCUUUUGUUGCGAAAACACAACAACACAGUCAUGCUUAUUGGCCUCACGUCGUUGCUGCAAAGAGAAUAUUCUUAUUGACAUUGAGUGACGUCUAAAAGCCGGGAACCUUCAAUGGAUGAGGACGGUACUUCUAGGCAGUCUUCGAUUUUCCUGUUCAGUUACAUAAUAAAGUUUAGUUGUGCGACCAGGAAAUUAAUCUUUGUAGUAACGUAUGCCAAAUUAAAAACAUGAGAAAAAAGUUUCUGAUUACUGUUAACUCAAAGCUCAUCAGGAAUAAUUUUGUGGGAACCGAGCGAGUCCAUUCUUUGUUAGUAAAAACACUUCACGCUUAAGAAUGCAACUUUGUCCCGUGACUACCACUCUUACACUGAAAAGUUAAGAUCGAGUAAUUGAUGAACGUGAUUAAAAAUUUAAUUUUCGACGACCUUUCGUUGCAACUAGAAGUGAUGACAGUUGUGAAGCACUAAACAAAAAAAAAUGUUAUAAAAUAGCUCUAAUUUCGCGGCGUCAGUUAUUUUGGUGUAUGCAAUGAGUAGUUUUCGAUUGAGGCUUUUUUUCAGCAUAGCUGUAGUUUGAGGUUGCUGCACUGUACAAAGAAAUUGUUUGUAGCUUUAAGGGAAAGAUGUUAGUCAUUGGCCAAACCAGCAUUCAUAUGGCUUGAAACAUUUCCUCUGAGCGUAUUCAAACAGGGGCUUCGUAAUUAAAUUUGGCACUCAAGCCUACCUUUCACUGAUUACCUUAGGUUAAGCGCAAUGGGCACUUGCCUACCUCAGUUGUACUUUCAAGUCUAUUUGUGGAGUCCCAUAUGGUUGGAACUGUCACUUAGCAAAUUUUACGGCGCUGCUUCUGCUGUACAGAUCCAUUUUCAAUAGCUUAAAACAGCCCAAAACUAAGCUCGCUGUAUGCAAGGUGGUCCUUUUUGUUUCUAGCAGACCAUGAACACAAGUAUUACGCUCUGAUAGUCAUAGCCUUUUAUAAUGUGUGAUGUGCGUUGAACUUGACAGCGCACGUCGGAAUCGUUUGGUCUGCUGUAUAGAUGAGCUUUGCGAUGUGUGUAGCACGUGUUCCAGCAAAGCGGAUGAAUAUUCGUGAACAUAUGCAGCAAAGACAAAAAAAAUUUUUUUUCAGCUUGACAUUUAUAAAUAUUUCACAACUGAUUAUACUCAGAAACCGGCUCACGUACUGGGGCAAAGCGAAUUAAUUGACCCAAACUCCAAAUGAAAUGUACAGCAUUGUCGCCAGUUUGUGAAAAAACCUAUCCCCUUAGUAACUAUGACUAUCGUAAUUGUACGUUAGAAAACAUAAUUUUAUGCUACUUGGUCUUAGUGCGGUAUAGAUGCAGAAAGUAAAUAUUCUGGCUUUUACUUCAGCGUUGAAUAUCUUCUGAUCAACAGCGAUUCGCUUCUGAAAUAGUUGCCCUGAGGGUAUUAACUAAGAAGAUGUGUCAUUUUCCUAUUUGGCAUUGACAACGCACACGAUAUGUAAGGCUGUUAAUAAUGGGAUGAGCUUAUAUGAUGCUUAUCGCUGCUGCACCCAAUUUAGAUACUUCUUGUAGCUUUCCAACAAACGGUAAGAGAGAUAUUUUCCCUUAAUAUCGGCAGUUAAAGAAUUUUUCUUGCUACUUCCUCCUUAAUUUUCAAAUUUCGCGACUGGGAAUGAACAAUCUUUAUUGAUCGUUUUAAUUGGUUUGCGCUCACAUUGAAUCUUACAGAGCCCGGCCAAAUCGUUCCUAACUGCGUGAAUGUGUUAACCUUACAGUACUUCAUCCCAGCAGCACGUUUGUUUUGAAACUGCACGCCAAAUGGUAGGUCACAUGGUCUGACCGUUCAUGAAUUUAGAGGAAGCAUUACCUGAGUGAAUGACUAAACAAGUGAAUGCCAAUAUGUUAUAAAUAUACUCCAUGAGUGACUAUAAUGCACCAUUUGUUUUCUUUCAAGUGCAACAAAUUUCACUGAAUUUGUUCCAGCUGUAGUAAAAUGGCGUUCCUGUAGCUGAAGCAUGAAAUUUAAAGAGGCAGUGCUCGAUGUCGACCUCCUUUUUCAGUAUCAAUAUCUGGCCGGACGAGGUGAUUGCAUCUUCAGCACAGGAAUUUGCCUAUAUUGACGUCAAAGUUACGUGUGUCGUUUUGUGUUAAAAGCUUUCUCUUUUGAAAAGUUAAUAUAUAAAAUAUACCAACCGAAUCUGUUAGUGUGUGUGUGUCAUUGACAGGAACCACAGAAAGAUGCACCUGUAAGAGAGGUAUUCAUUUUUGUUUUAACGCUCUCACUUUCUGUUGUGAAUGGAUGCGAUGUACAACGAAGCCUUCUGUUUCACUUACUCGAUUUACUUUUGUACAGACUGUUACUAAGUUAUUUGUCACAGGCACGGUUUCUAGGAGCGUGCGAUAAACGAUGCGCGCAUCCUAUCUUCGUGUUUCAGCACAGUUUUGUUUUUGGUUUCGGAUCCCCACUUGCUGUUCGCUGUGCUACUGCACCCGUGAGUUGAUGUUGUGAGAGUUUAUUAAAAAAGUAUGGAACACAAAACGAACGACUUGUACUAUAUUUAUCUGUGACCAAGGAAAACUGUUUCAAGAUUGUUUCGUUUCAGGGCUGCCAUGACGAAGACGAAUAUUCUUGUCUAAAUGCUGGCUCCGGGGACAUUCCCUGUU